AUGUUUGUUCAGGAGACACACAGUGACAGCAGCAAUGAGGUGGACUGGACCAGGGAGUGGCCUGGGCAGGUGGUGCUGAGUCACGGCAGCAGCACCAGUGCUGGUGUGGGCAUCUUAUUCUCUCAAUCCUGUCCUCCAGUGUCCCUCACUGUGUCUGAAAUCGUCCCUGGCAGACUGUUGGUGGUGCGGGCCAUGUUUUCUAACAGCACUUUGGUUUUAGUGAAUAUUUAUGCUCCCACUAUAGGCGCAGAGAGACUCCUGCUGCUGAAUAAAGUAAAUGCUGUUUUAAUGGAUUUUAACUCUGAGGAUUUUCUGGUUUUAGGCGGUGAUUUUAACUGCACUGAAAACGCUAAUCUGGAUAGAAACCACAUGGAGCCACAUUCUCCAUCGAAGCAGCUUUUAAGCCGAGUCCUAAAGACCCACGAGCUGGUGGAUGUAUGGAAGAGUCUUCAUGGGCAGGACAGACAGACCAGACAGUCUGAUUUUGAAAAUCUGAGACAGUGGUGGGAUUGUGGAAAAGUUGAGAUAAAACAGUUUUGUUUACAGUAUACUCUCAAUAUCACAAGGGACAUUACCAGGUCAAUGAAGGAUAUAGGGAAGGAUAUUGUGGAAUUACAAAACAUGGUGGAGUCCACAGGAAGCAAGAGGCACAUCGAAGUCCUCAAAUCCAAAAAGGCAACUCUUGACAACCUAUUGGGCACCAGAGCACAGGGGGCGCUGGUCCGAUCUAGGUUUCAGAGCGUGACUGAUAUGGAUGCCCCUUCCAGAUUUUUUUUUAGCCUGGAGAAACGUAAUGGUCAAAAUAAGUCAAUCCACAGCCUGCGAUCCGCUGCUGGAGUCAUUCUGGAAGAGCCUGGUGACAUCAGGAGGAGGGCGGUGGAGUUCUACAGGGAUCUUUUCCAGAGUGAGUACACUGAGGAUGAGGAGGGCAUAGACUUCUUCUGUGGGGCUCUUCCCCAAGUGUCUGAGGAGACCAACGAUGUCCUGGACAUGGACAUUUCUCUGCAAGAGCUGUCUACAGCCUUGCAGGGCAUUAAGGGAGGGAGAGCUCCAGGGCUGGAUGGCCUCACCGUGGAAUUUUAUAAGACAUUCUGGUGUGACCUCGGAGCAGACUUCCUCUCUGUAGUUCAUGAGAGUCUGGCAGGGAACCUCCUGCCUCUCAGCUGCAGACGGGCCGUCCUGACGUUGCUGCCCAAGAAGGGUGACCUUCAGGAUAUCAGGAACUGGUGUCCUGUUUCACUGCUGUGUACCGACUACAAAAUCCUGUCCAAGACUCUGGCUAACAGGUUGCGGGAGGUGAUGGACCAGAUCGUCCAUCAGGACCAGACGUACUGUGUGCCUGGUAGGCUAAUCACUGAUAACAUCAUAUUAAUUCGGGAUAUUCUGGAUCUCUCUGGUUCAUCGGGCAUAGACUUGGGCUUGAUUUCACUUGACCAAAACAAAGCUUUUGACCGAGUUGAACACCCAUUCCUUUGGAAAACUCUAGAGAAGUUUGGACUCAGCUCUGGACUUAUUGCUAUGAUCAGGGUUUUGUACCAAGGUAUUGAGAGUGCACUGAAGAUCAAUGAUGGGCUGAGUGCUCCUUUUAAAGUGGGCCGAGGCAUCAGACAGGGCUGCUCCCUCUCAGGGAUGCUGUACGCCCUCUCUAUUGAGCCUCUUUUAUGUAAAAUCCGGUCCUCCGUUGAUGGUUUGUUUUUACCUGACUGCACAUUACGCCUUGUUUUAUCGGCCUAUGCAGAUGACGUUGUUGUUCUUGUCAGAACACAACAUGACAUACAGAUGUUAGAAAAAACUGUUAAACGUUUUAAUGAAGUAUCCUCUGCCAAGGUGAACUGGAACAAGAGUGAGGCCCUAGCAGUUGGAAGCUGGAAAAACGGUCGUCCCAGACUCCCGGGGGGCCUCAUUUGGAAGACAGGGGGUUUUAAAUACUUGGGUGUUCAUCUUGGCAGUGAAGAACAUGUUAGAAAGAACUGGGAUGGUGUUGUAGAAAAGGUGGAAGGGAGGCUUCAGAAGUGGGGAUGGUUGGUGCCACAGAUGUCAUACAGAGGGAGAACUCUCAUUGUCAACAACUUAGUGGCCAGUGGACUCUGGCAUCGCCUGGCCUGUGUAGAGCCUCCUCCUGACCUCCUGAAACUGCUCCAGUCUAAGAUUGUGGAUUUCUUCUGGGACCGGCUUCACUGGCUGCCCCAGUGUGUCUUGCACCUGCCUAAGGAUCAGGGGGGCCAGGGGUUAGUUCACCUGUCUAGCAGGGUGGCAGCCUUCAGGAUACAGUUUGCCCAGAGGUUCCUGUGUGGCCCAGCUGACCUAGUAUGGAGACCUGUGGCUUCUGCCAUUCUUAAAAGGACUGAUGACCUUAACCUGGACACGGCCCUGUUUUUAAUGGACUAUAGUGUUUUUAAUACUACAGCUUUGCCUGCUUUUUAUCAGAGUGUUUUUAGGUCCUGGGGACUCUUUCAGUGGAGGAGGCUGGAGCCUUCAGCCUCACUUCACUGGCUGCUGGUGGAGCCACUGAUUCACAAGGCGCGUUUGGAGGUUCAAGACAGCGGAAUUCCUGGAAUAACACAUGCUCUUCGUGUUUCUGGGAUGACAACGCUGCGUCACCUUGUGGAUGUAGCUGGCUCUGAUUUGCGGGACGUACAGGCUGUGGCCUCUGCCUUGGGUUUCAGAUCGACUUGCGUUGUUGGGAAGUUCCUGGAACUGCUGCUAAAGAAAUUGACUGCUGAUGAGUGUGAGAUGCUGCAGGACUACUAUGGCGGUGCUGAGAGCCCGGAUGAGGGGGAUCCUUUUCCUGAGCUUGGUUUUAGCUUGGCUUUUAGGGGAUCCGACAAUGUUUAUGAUCUACACACUCUAACUGGCAAAACAAUGUACAACUCCUGCGUUAAAGUACUAAAUAGGAAACAGCUCAGCGACCGAGUGGACACAGUUUGGAGGAGGAGACUGCCAGCGUCCACCGCGACUCAGCCAGUGUGGAGAGUCCUCUACAAGCCACCACUGAACAAAAGGACUGGGGACCUGCAGUGGAGGAUUCUACAUGGAGCCAUCGCCGUGAACUCCUUCACUGGGAAGAUCAACCCAAGGGGUCCUCGCAACUGCGUGCACUGUGGUGAAACAGAGACUGUCUUCCACUGUUUUAUGGACUGUACACGACUGGCUGAGCUUUUUAACUUACUAUCUGGUGUUUUUAAUGCAUUUAAUGAACUGUGGAGUGUUGAUAGACUCAUCCUCGGUGCUGGCUACAGCGGAACAAAUGCAGAGAAGUGGCAAUUGUUAAACUUCCUGUCUGGUCAAGCCAAGCUGGCCAUUUACAAAACCAGGCAGGUGAAGGACCAUGUGGUGGUCCCUGUGUUCUGUGCAUUGGUCAGGGCCAGAGUGUGGGUGGAUUUCAAAUUUUGCAAGCUCACCAGAUCCAUGGACACUCCAACAUAUGGACAUGGCAGGGCUCAAACCGCCAACCUUGGAUUUAGAGGACAACCUCCCUACCACCUGCACCAGUGGCAGACUGACAGGUGGUUGCAGCAGCAGGGAGUCCCAGUGCCUCCCUUAAACCAGGAGUCAAAUCAUUACAAUUUCCAGACAGACCUCACUCCUGUAGCGGUUGUGACUGUGCCAACAAGACUUGCCAACCUCGACACUAACAAAAGUGUAAAACUGGCAGAGGAAGAGGAUGGCCAGGCCUAA